AUGAAAUUCGCCACGCUUCUGUCUCUGGGCUUGACUGGUCUCGCGAGCUGGAGCUUCGCUGGUGCCACUGACAGCGCUCGGUUUCUGGAGUCUCAUCGCAACUUGCAAUCUCGCGGACCUAGCUCUCAGUGCGAACCAUUGAGCAUAUCUUUUGAAUCUGCCCCAUCUGCCGACGUAGACAGAUCCUUCGUCGCCAUCAGUCCUCCUGGAUCUUACGAGCUGGGCUCGGGUGGCUUGCAGCUCUUCCUGGACAGACCGCACGGCUCGGUCACCACCAAAGGCAACGUCAAUGACAAGCUUGCCGAAGGAGCGACAAUCAACUCUACCUUCACAUUACUACACGGCAAAGUCACGUACACCUUCUCAGGCCCAGGGAUAGCGGGCGUAGUCACCGCCGCCAUCAUGAUCGCGGACGAGCGCGACGAGAUCGACAUCGAGCUCCUUGGCGGCGACUUGCCUCAUUGGCAGACCAACGUGUUCGCGCCCGCCCCGCGCGACGACCAGCCGCUCUAUGGCGCUUUUGGCGGGGUUGAAGACUACCCACACGGCCAGAAGAGCGUGAGGGCGAUCCACUCUUACACCAUCGACUGGAACGCAGACCGCAUUCAGUGGAGCGUCGAUGGCUCUGAGGUCAGGACUCUACGCAAAGCGGAUACGAAGAAGAACGGCGCUUUGCACUAUCCUACGCAUCCCGCGCGCCUUCAGCUCGGCAUCUGGGACGCAAGCGCACCUGCGGGAACGUCGGAGUGGGCGCAAGGGCCUAUCGACUGGGCUUCUGCCCCGCGCAGGAUGACUGCGACAUUCAAGAGCAUCGAGGUGGAAUGCCCAUACUAG